AUGAUUUGUUCCAAUAUUAUAUCAGUCUCAAUUAUAAGAAACAAUUUAAAAAUUUUAAAUAAUAUACAUACAAAAAAUAAUAUAAUAAAACAUAAUAUAAAUAUAAAUAUAAAUAAUAAUGGUAAUAGAAAUUUUUUUAAAAAAUUAUUUGAAACUGGAAGUGGAUCAUCAGUAGAACCCGUCACAAAAGAAAUGUCAAAAGUUUUAAACUAUCCAACCAAUCAAGUUUAUGAUGUAGUUUUAAAAGUUGAAGAAUAUGAAGAUUUUUUACCAUUUUGUUUAGGAUCAACCAUUACAAAAAAGAACCCAAAUGGGCAAGAAAAUUGUUUUGAAGCUGAAUUAGUAGUGGGUCAAGGAUCAAUCAAAGAAAGUUAUACAAGCAAAGUAGUUUAUAAAAAAGACAGUUUCAUUGAAUCAACUGCAAUAGACACCAAUUUAUUUCAUAAAUUAAUAAAUCGAUGGACUUUUAAAGAUGGCCCCAAACCAAACACAUGCAUUGCCCACUGCAAAUUAACCUAUCAUUUUAAAUCACCACUAUACGCAUCAUUAAUGGACUCUUUUUUCGCAUCCUCUUUAAAUACAAUGAUCAAUUCAUUUGAUAAACGUUGUGAAGAAAUAUAUAAAAAAUAA